AUGGCGCUAGCACUAGGCAUGCCGCAGGCCUUUGCGCCGCCGGGUCAGGACCAGUUGCAAAUGGCCAUGGACCCGACGGCACCUCGUGUGAAGGUUAUAUCUCCUGGGUGUGAACUACGCCUCAUCGUAGAUGAUGACAAACACGCUCGGGUGAAGUUAAUACCUCAGCAAUUUCCUACUUCCCGACCUGGUCAGCCAGCAGAGGCGAGCGCGGAGAUUUUUGGGGCAGAAAUGGUGGCUGGGCAGGACUAUCCUCUGCUUGGUGGCACUCGCACGGCCAUUUUCUCAUGGCAUGGCUGCAAAGUCCAGGUUUCAGGGCCCACGGUGCAGGAGUAUGACGCCCCCAACGUGGUGAUGCGGGACUACUUGUGCUGUGCGGCUGUAUUGGAGCAACGGCGCAUGCGGGCGGACGACUUGGGUUUGCCAGCGCCGAGGGUCUUGGUUUGUGGGAAUGCCUUUUCAGGGAAAAGUGCUUUGUGUCAGAUCCUUUGCAACUACGCACUGAGACGGGUCUGCCUGGCAAAGUGCUCUGUUGUUCGCAAAAUUUUGUUGCUUUUGGUCACUGACUGUGGACAGACCCAGCAAUCCAGCAUGAUGUUUCCGGAUCCUCUCUGCGCUGGAUGUAUAGCUGGAGUGGCUAUGAAUUUAUCGAAAUUUCUUCAUAUCUGA